AUGGUCUGGGGUAGUCGCAAGCAAGAUGAACCUCAAAAUCCCCCGCCUGGUGUAGACCAGCCGGUGGCGCGCGAGAAGCUCCCUGCCAAGCUACAGCAACUGGUUGACCACGAUGACGACUUCUAUGAUGAUGUUUACUCCUCCUACUCCGUCGACUCGACUGAAACCCCAUACCGUUAUGCCGCUUAUGCGAACCGCAUCCGUACCAUCCUCCUCUCUGCCCACCGCUACGUCGCCUACACCUCAGAUAUCGGCGAGUCAUUCCGCCCUGUUGCGCACCCGUGGCUCGUGCGUUCUGCGUACGGCAUCUCAUGGGCGUACCUGCUCGGCGAUGUCGGGCACGAGGGCUACAAGGCGUAUCUGCGCAACCGGCGCGCGCUCGGCCCACCUGGCGAAGAGUACAAGGAUGCCAGCACCAUCUCGCAGGAGCAAAUCUUUCGCGGCAUGGCCACGGGUAACAUUAGCAAGCCACUGACGAAGGACGGCAAGGGCAAUGACUCUUUGACGCCGUGGUCCACGACAGAGAUAUCGCUUGCCGAGGACUACCGCAUGGUCAUGGCCAAGCGCGCCGUGUUCCAGAGCAUUGCGAGUAUGGGCCUGCCCGCCUUCACAAUUCACAGUGUUGUCAAGUACUCUGGACGUGCAGUGAAAAAUGCGAAGACCGCGCUGGUGCGCACUUGGGUGCCAAUUGGGCUUGGCCUUUCGGUCGUUCCUUUCCUCCCGUAUCUAUUCGACCAUCCGGUCGAGGAAGCAGUCGACUGGUGCUUCGGUACCGCACUCCGCAUCUAUGGCGGCGAAGACGCUGUCCGUCCCCUGCCGCAUCAUGCUCUUACCAAGAGCCCCAGUGAUGCGGAUGGGGUUGCGGCUGCCGCAUCCCAGCUCUCGUGGGAGGAACAUAAGAAUGAGCGUGAGCUGCGCCGCGAGCGCAAUGGCGGGCAGUCGCUCUCGAGCUGGCUCGGAGGCUGGUCCUCUGGCUCGGAGAAGCCCAAGAAGGAAUAA